UUGUCGUGGGAGGCGGACGUGUGCUCAAAGUGUUCAAAGGCUAAGCAAACGGAGAACUUAACUUAUUUUGCGUUAAGUUUGAGCGGGUUGCGGUCAACCAGGGCUCAGUAUUGGAAAGGGCCAUUCGGUCGUUUCAAAUUCAAACUCAAAUUUAAAAUUUGAAGAUCUCUCUCAAAGUGUCGCUCCAGAGACCAACUGACUUUUGCUGUAAAGCCAAACUCAUAUGAUUUAAAUUGAUUAAUUCGCAAUUAAUAGAAUUUAAACCGUGCGCGGUGCUGGAAAAUAUUUAUCGCUUGUUUCGUUCGCUUUGCUGUGUGUUUUCCCGCAAGUGCAAGUGUGUUGGUGUGCGAGAAACGGAAAUAAGAAAUAAACAAGAGCGACAUCAGCAACAACAACAACAAACGCAACAAGAAGUGCAAGCAAAAGUGAAUAGAAGACGAAAGAGGAAAUGCUUAAGUACAACAACAAGAAAUACACGAACAAAACGACAGAGUGCAAGUGCAUCGCGUGAGUGUCUUGAAGUGUGUGUUUGUGUGUGUGUGUAUGUUGGUGUUGGUGAGGCGGCGGAAGUAGAAACAUUUUGACUUGUGUGUUCUCGGCUUCGCCUUUUUAUUUGCUCCGCUUUGCGGCUCGCAUUCGUCGCAGCAAACGAAACGAAAACAAAAACAGAGAGCCAGGAUUAGCCCCAAAAAGCACCAACAACCACCGCCCACUCACCGCCCCCUUAAAAAAAGAAACAACAACAAUGGCCACUUGCCGCGAGGCCCUCUUCGUCAUCAGCAGAUAACAAACAAGAAACCCAUCGAAUUAACCAGCGACAACAGCAAAAACAAAGCGAAACAAAAAGCUAAAGCAUUCUGGGAUCUGGACAUAAUAUCCGCUUCCGCGUUGCUUCUGUCGCUAAAAAAAAGCUCAAGAAUCGAAACGCAAACAGACAAAAUCAGUCUCUCAGUACGUCACCACAGUGCACAGUGGAGCAAACAGAUAAUCUCAAUUGAAGGCAAUUGAAGUGGCUCCCACUGACUCACUGAAUCGGAUCCGCUGACCAGGACACUUCCUUACACACUGUGGCUGCAUGUCCAAAAUGAAAAUGCUCCCAGUACAGUUAUCGUUGAACUCGCUGAAUCCCAACAUCUGGAGCGAUGUGCUCUGGCGCUGCCCCCCGGCUCCGUCCAGCCAGCUGGCGGAGCUGAAGACACAGCUCCCACCCUCCCUGCCCUCCGAUCCGCGCCUCUGGAGCCGCGAGGAUGUGCUCGUCUUCCUGCGGUUCUGCGUCCGCGAAUUCGAUCUCCCCAAGCUCGACUUUGAUCUCUUCCAGAUGAACGGCAAGGCGCUGUGCCUGCUGACACGGGCUGACUUUGGCCAUCGGUGUCCGGGGGCCGGCGAUGUGCUUCACAAUGUGCUGCAGAUGUUGAUCAUAGAGUCACACAUGAUGCAGUGGCAUUUGCCCAAUAGUCCAGUGACGCCCACCAGUCGUUAUCCCCUUUCGCCGCACAGUCAUCCGCCGACGCCCACGUGGCCCCCGUUGAAUGCCCCGCCGGAGAACAGUCCCUUUCACAGUACGGCCCAUGGGCUGGCUGGUCAUCAUUUUAUGGCACCCAACUCUGUGACGCUGAGUCCUCCGCCUUCAGUGGACUCCCAGGCGAGUAGUCCACCGCAGGCACCUUACCAAAACGGAGGAGUGGCCAAUGGAGGAGCAGGAGCAUCGGCUGCAGGAGCCCCAAGCAGCAGCAGCAAUCCCGCAUCGUCAAGUGCCAGCAGCACGGGAAGCAAUGGCUCUCAGCCCAACAUAAUGCCCAUGAAGGGCAUAAGCAGUGCCAGCAGUAAUCACUCCGAUUCCGAGGAGGAGUACUCUGAGUCCAAUGGCGGGGGAGUGGGAAAGUUGCCAGCCGGAUCGCUGCCCUACAGCACGGCCAGUCCGCCGGGCACACCAAUACUGAAAGACAUCAAGCCGAACUGGACGCAACAGCUGACGAACAGUUUUGUGAACUCCUGGUCGCAACAGCAACAACAGCAGCAGCAGCAGCAACAGGCAGCUGCAGUGGCUGCAGCAGCAGCCCAGGCACAGCAGCAACAGUUGGCGCAACAGCAACAGCAGCAGCAGCAACAACAGUUGCCCCAGAAGCUGACCCUGGACAAUACUGCUGGCCCAGUGGUGGCCCCCGCUGGAGGAUCCAUUUCGGCACCAACCACACCCAGUUAUAUGUACAAAGCCAAGCGGGAGUUCUUUCCCGAAAACUCAGAGCCCAAUACAAAUGGUCGCCUGUUGUGGGACUUUUUGCAACAGCUGCUGAACGAUCGCAACCAAAAGUACAGCGAUCUGAUAGCCUGGAAGUGCCGCGAUACGGGAGUCUUCAAGAUUGUCGAUCCCGCCGGUCUGGCCAAGCUGUGGGGCAUCCAGAAGAAUCAUCUGUCCAUGAACUACGACAAGAUGUCGCGAGCCCUGCGCUAUUACUACAGGGUUAACAUACUGCGCAAGGUGCAGGGCGAGCGACAUUGCUAUCAGUUUCUGCGCAAUCCCACGGAACUGAAGAACAUCAAGAAUAUAUCUUUGCUGCGGCAAACCACGCCAGCGAAUGGCGGCGGCGGUGGAUCGUCCAUGCCACAGGGUGGCAGCAAUCAGGCGCCUGGAAGUCCUGCUGCCGGCCAGAAUUGGAGCACCCAGCAGCAGCAACAAGCACAGCAGCAGCAGCAAUCGCCCCAGCGUCCCGCCUCGCGGAAUGGCCCCAUGAGCCUGCCCGCCGUUGCAGCGGUGGCAGCAGCUGCGGCUGCGGCCUAUGGUCCACCACCCACAUCGCCGCUCUUCAUGCAUGCGAUCAAUGGAGCCUUCCACUACCUUUCGGCGGCGGCAGCUGGUCCGCCACCCAAUUCCCCUGCCUUGAAUACCCCAUCCGCUGUCGGCGGCGGUCCCGAUAAGUUCCAGUUCCACCCGCUGAAGCUGGAGAAUGGCUCCGGCUCGGGAUCGGAAAGUGCUGGCGAGGAUUUAAAGCCCACGGAUCUGAGUGUGAGCAGCAAGAGCAAUGCGCCCAGCAACGAGGAUUGCUAUCCACUCAUUCGCAAUGCUGACGGCCUGACGACCAUCAAGCUCAUACGCUCAUACGAUCACCAGGGUGCCCCAUCGCCAGCGGAGCAAUCCCCCAAGCCGGAUGACCAGCAGCAGCAGCAGCAGACCAGUGCCAGCAGCAGCUCACCCAGGCCCAUGGAUCAGGCCAGUGAGCAGCAGGCCCAGCCCGUGCCGAUGGACAGCGAAUGCAAUGGCGGCGAGUCAGAGGACUCCUUCCGGCAUAUGCGGCAGUAGGCGGAGGAGCAGCUUCCUGUGACAAUCAUCCAUCGUCCAUCCUCACCCCUCCUGAACAUAAACAUUACCUGAGCUAAGUGAAAUGGGACCAGCAGCACAACAAACGCACAGACUUAUAGACAGAAACCCUGCUGGAUAUAGAUCUGAAUGCCUAUGCCUUUCGGUUAGGAUGGGGUUGCUUAAAAUGGAAAACCAACAAACUGAAGAAGUUGAAAGUAAUUUUUGAAGAAUUUUAAGCUAUUUCCUAGAAUCUUUUACAUAAGCGGUAGCACUAUUCUUCUUUAAUAUAUACAAAAUUGGUAUUCAAUAUUCAAUUUAUAAAUUCAAAUUCUUUCCAAUAUUACUUUUUGCUUCCACAUUUGUAAAAUAUGAUCCGCCCCGACUUUCUGUAUAUAGUAAUCACAUCUGCAUUAACAAACACACAAUCAUACAUACACAUAUAUUUUCUACAUCAAGCGUAUUUAUUAAGCUAAGCUAAGCGAAAGCAGAGUGCAUGUAAUUUCGUUGUUGUAAGUAGAUUUCUUGAGCCGGCGCAGCGCAGCCUUCGAUUAUGUGCCAAUUUCUACAUUUAUCAAACAAAACAAAAAAAAAAAACAAAAUACCUAUCCAUAAGCGUUCACACACAUCAAUCAUACGAGUAAAGAGUAGCGAUUAAGGAGUAAAAAGUAGCCAGUAGCUUAGACCGUAAGUGUUGCCACCUUUGAGCUUUACAAAUGUUGCCUCAACAAUGGUUUCAAAUUUAUGAAAACAAAAAACAAAACAAAAAACCAACAAACAUUGUUAAAAUCGAAAGAAAAAGUGAAGGAAAUAUGAAAUUUGAAUUGUUGUCGAAAUUGUUAAUUAAUAUACAAAUCGGAAUAGAAAGAGUUUUUUGUAUACAACAAGGCAAAUUGAUUUCUUGUGAUAACAACAACAGAAUUAUCUUUGAUUCACAUUGGCUAAAUGUUUGCGAAAGAAGAGCAGUUCCAAAAAGCGAAACUGAAACAGUUUCAGUGAUCCUUUAUGCAAGGAUGGGGCUGCUCUUUCUUCAAGAUCAGCCUGAAAAGAGAGCUUUCAAAAUUCAAUUUCAAUUGAGCCCCUAGCCCUAGAUACACUGCAACAAAAAAAAGAAAACACACACACACAUUAUAAACAUUAUAAAAAAAAAACAUUGGCUUCCAUUUUUAUAUAGCAAUGAUGAUACACACAAGCAUAUAUGUAUACACAUUAGUUUUCUAUUAUUAUCAUUAUUAUUAUUAUAUUAUUUUUACGUUAGCUUAAGCGGCUGCAAUUAAAUGGCAGUCCAGCAGCAGUUGCAACAAAUGAAGGUGUUCAUUUAAGCAUUAACAACUUUAGUUUGUAAAACGCUUACGAUCUUACCACCCACACACCCCCACCACCACCCACAAACCACUCACCCGCUAAGAACAAUGAAAAAAUAGAAAAUGUACAUUUUGAAGCACUUUAUUAAUUAUAUUAAACAAAACGAAUCGAGUUAUGGAGAGAGAGAUAUCAACAUCAAUGCACGUUCAUACAUUUAGCCUGUAGCGCAACUGUAAUUAUUAAUUAUUGUGUAGAUCUAUAUGGUAAAGAUAAUUUUCUAUUUGUUUUUCGUACGCCUUAAGUUUAAACACCGCCAAUAGCUAAUAAUUAGCACUCUAGUGUCGCCACAAUACCUGUUCUUCCAUUGAAAACUUUAUCUUUUGAUCAAUACAUAAUUUAUAUAUGUAUAAACAAAAAGCGAAACAAAUUUAUAUGCAAUAAAUAAAUUGAAAAGUGAAAAUCGA